CAGAUGUCAAAAACUGUUUUCAACGGAACGAAAUUAAAAAGACUUACUGUUUAUUUAACGAUAAGAUUUUUUAAUAAUAAUCUUAUCAUGACGAAUACUAUCAAUUGUGACAAAAAUGUUGGUACAAUUAGUAAUAGCUCUCCUAUUUUUUGCAUUUUCUUCCGCACAAAAUGAUUCUUGUAUGGAUUUAUCGACGUGCGGAAAAUGCAUUCAAGAACCAAGCUGUAUUUGGUGUCUUAACCCAACGAACAACACGAUGAACUGUCAAAAUAAAGAAAACUCUUCAUGCGAAACGCAAGUUAGUGCAAAUAUUUCAUCAACAAUUAUAAGAAACGACCCUUUAUCAUCCGACCAACGUCAACAGUACGUUCAAAUACAACCACAACACAUCAAACUCAAAAUUCCAAAAAAUCAACCACACACCGUCGAAUUUAAAUUUGCCAGGGCGCAAAACCCCCUUGAUCUCUACUUUUUAAUGGACGCUUCCUACACGAUGAAACCAUACAAAGAUUUAAUAUCGAAAUUGGGAAACGAUUUGGUUGAGGCAAUUACAAAACAAACGUCCGAUUAUAAAAUAGGAUUUGGAUCAUUCGUCGAUAAAACCUUACCGCCAAUCGAUUUUUUCCCUGGUAUAGCACCGAACUGUGGUUCGCAGAGUUGCAUAAGGGGAUACAGCUUCAAAAAUCAUUUGAGUUUAACGACAAACAUCGACGAAUUCCAAACAAAAGUAAACGAAACAGAAAUUUCGAGCAACUUGGACCACCCCGAAGGAGGAUUAGAAGCUUUAAUCCAAGUACUCGUUUGCACGAACGAAAUCGGAUGGAGAAAAGAAGCUACACGUUUAGUUGUGUUCACCACCGAUGAUUAUUUCCACGUUGCUGGAGAUGGCAGAUUAGUCGGGGCUUUACACCCCAACGAUGGACAAUGUCAUACAAUUAAUAACGAAUACACGAAAGAUCACGAGUUUGAUUAUCCAUCGAUUUCAUUCGUUAAUCAUAAAUCGUUAGAAAACGGAAUACACAUCAUUUUUGCAAUUGCCGAAAGUGAGGACGCCCGAGUUAUUCAAGAGCAAUACAAAGAAUUAAAAAAACAUAUCGAUUUAUCUAAAUACCAUAAACUUACUAAUAAAAGUGAAGAAAUUAUUAAUCUUGUUGUUGGUACUUAUAAGGAUAUUUUACAAACAAUCAAAAUAUCCUCCGAUUUCGAUGAAAACUUUAAAGUAAAAUUUUUCGCAACAUGUCCAAACAGCGCAGAGGAAGAAACAGAUUACUGCAACAACACAAAAGUCGACGAGGAAAUACAAUUUAAAGCAGAAAUCACCCCGCUUGAUUGUCUCGGACCCAAUAAAACAUACACGAUUAAUGCCGUUGGGGUCCACGAAAACCUAAUAAUCGAUUUGGAAGUAAUUUGCUCGUGCGAUUGUGAAAACGACGUGACGGAACUCGACGAAACCUGCAACUACAAAGGAAGAAAAACCUGCGGGAUUUGUAUAUGUGAAGAAGGCUACAGCGGAGAACAUUGCGAAUGCUCCACCACGUCGGCACAUAGCGAUGACACAAAUUGCGUUGACCCUCAAACCAAUAAAAUAUGCAACGGAAAUGGGGAUUGUAAAUGCGGAAUGUGUCAGUGUAAAAACGAUUAUUACGGAAGAUUUUGUAGAUGCGAGGAUGUUUCGUGUCCUAGAAAAAACGACGAACUUUGUAGCGGGUCUAAAAAUGGAAAAUGCAUUUGUGGUGAAUGUAAAUGUUUUUCUGGUUGGACUGGAACUGAUUGUUCGUGCCCCAAUUCUAAUAAACAAUGUAUUGCGCCUUACAGCGAUGGAAAACCAUGCUCGGAAAAAGGAACAUGUAUUUGUGGAAAAUGUGAAUGCGAAACCAGUUAUUUCGGGGAUUUCUGCGAAGGAUGUAUAGGAUGCGAAUGGUGCGAAGAUUUAGAUCCAUGCGUUGAAGCCUAUUUAAAAGAUUUAGAUCUUUCCGAAGCCGAAAGUCUUCGAAUUAAUUGCACCACUCUUAUCAUAACACCCAGAAAAAACGCAACAGCCGGCUUUUACGACCAAGAUUGGCACAAAUGCUUAUUAGCGGGGAAAUUGGGCUGCAACACCGUUUAUAGAUACAAAUUCGAUGAAACCCAAUUUUUAAUAGAAAUCGGAGAAGAACUUUGUCCUUUCGUAGCUAGCUUAGGAGGGCUUUUAUUAACCAUAUUAUUACCAAUCAUAAUAGGAGGUAUAAUCGCGUUUAUAGCAUGGAAAGGCAUCGUCACCGUUAAGGAUAAAAGAGAAUAUGCGAAUUUCUUGAAAAAAAGGGAACUUGAAAAAUGGAACACCGAUUUAAAUCCUUUGUAUAAACCGGCAGAAACUACCUACACAAAUCCAUUGUUUAAUAAAUCGAAAUAAUACAACUUA